CGGGCUUUAUGUUUGGCAUCGGACACACGUUCGGCCCAUUCAUUGAGAAACCCUACCUCACGGGUGACCAGUUUGCAGGGCUCACCCAAGACAACCGGAACGCGCUGUUGGCCAAAAACAUAUCGGUUCGUAAGGCCGACAUCGCCGGUAUUGAUGACACCGAUGUCCGCCGACAUAAGCUUAUGAUACCGUACUUGAUAUGCGGCUCAAUUCAUAUUCUGGGUCCAAUACUACUGGCCAUAGUGUUUAAGGCCCGGCGCACAACACUGGACGCAAAGCUCAAUAGCGUGACCAGCAGUGAUACAAAUGUGAUACUAAAUAAUAACAACAAUAACGCACCGGGAAACGGCAAGACAAAGCUACUAGAGAACAUGCCGGAGCAAAAAUUGACCAUGAUCCUAUUGGUGUCGGUGAUGUUGGCCUUUUUCAGCGCCAGCGAGAGUAUAUUCUUCGCGUUCAGCGCCACAUACUUCCAGUACAUACCGUUGCGGCUGUCGGCCAGUAGUGCCGCCCAAUUGGUCUCAAUAAUGGCGCUCACGUUCACCAUAAGCCGAGGUGUUGCCAUCCUAUUGGCUAUGCGCACAUCGCCCGAGAACAUUAUCGCGUCAUUCCUGGUCAUACUACUAGUCUCGAUGGUCACCCUAUAUUUCUCGACAAACUCGCUGCCUAUGCUGUGGUUCAGCAUAAUGUUAAUGAGCUUUGGUUUCAGCCCGAUAUACGCCUCCAUAUUCUCGUUUAUGGGCCGAUACCUCGAGUUUACUAACCGUUUGGGCACGGUGCUUUUGCUCAGCGCCAAUAGUUUGAACCUGGUGCUGCCCGGCCUGCUGGGCACCUACAUCGAAGUGAUGCCAAAUAUAUUUCUCACCACCUUGAUCGUGCCGGUGGUUUUGGGAGAAUAUUACGACUCGUGGACCGAAGACAUACAUCUGUACAUUCAGAUGGAGUACUGCCCGCAAACACUCGCGUCUGUACUUAAAAACAAACACCAAGUGUUUGGCAGACAAUCGGCGGAACCCAUGAAUAUCUUCGAGUAUUUUAUAUCCUGUGAAAUACUUUGGGAACUUUUGCGAUGCCUUAAGUUUAUACACGAGUUUUUACCACCAAUUAUUCAUCGGGAUAUAAAACCCGAUAAUAUAUUGAUUUCAAUGAACAAUACACAUAUCAAACUAGGUGACUUUGGUUUGGCCACCGAACACGAACGGCUAUCCAAGAGCCACACACAGAACAUCGGGACAGUGAACUAUAUGGCACCGGAAAUGGGGUUUUUACCUACAUAUGGCUGUAAAGUUGAUCUACUCUUACCCAACAUAUGAUUUAACCACGUUUUCGGCCAAUUUUAACAAAUUAAAUGAUAUUUAUUGGUCAAUGGUUGAAUCUAUGGAUACUAAACGACCGACAAGUUUUCAAAUACUGAAUGAUUAUGACAAAUGGUCAAUCAAUAAAUCUCUUAUCACUAAUCAUAUGGAUUUUAAUGCAAUACAAAAUAUUCUUAAAUCUAAC